AUGUCACUUAUGGUGGUUCCGUCCAUUGCAUGCAAAGAUGCAAUUCAAAAUGUUUUGCAAGAGAAAGACAAACAAAAGAUGGAACUGUGUUUAAAGGAGAUUGAGAGUCAGUUCUUAAAAGUACAGAGCAGGUCUUCUAAAGGAAAUGCAGAGGAAAAGGGUGAGGCAUAUACCAGGCAAGACCGAGUAAAGAAGCAAAUGGCUGAAGCUUUUGCAAAAGCAUUUGGUGAAAAUCUGAAGAAGGCAAAGUCUUUGUCUAUUGGAGAUAUUCAGAAGCAACUUAGCUCGAUGGGAAGAUUCUUGCAGCUGUCUCCAGAAGAGUCAAAAAAGUUGCCCCGGCAGUUGAAGGCCUAUUCUCCCUGGCUGGCCAAUUUCCAGGCAUCAAGGUAUUCAGAAGUGCUCGAGUUGCCUGGUCAGUAUACUGGAAUGUCCAAACCUUUACCUGAGUAUCAUGUAAAGAUUUCAAGUUUUGAUGAAAAUGUCAUGCUUAUGUCAUCUAUGCGUGUGCCAAUGAGGAUUAUAAUUAGAGGUGAUGAUGAAAAGGAAUACAAGUUCCUUGUGAAGUGGGGAGAAGAUCUCCGCACUGACCAGAGAAUGGAGCAGAUGUUUACACUGAUGAACAGUAUAUAUGCUAGGUCGCCUCUGUGCACCAAAGCUUCAUCCGUUCCUUCACUGGACACUUAUCAGGUGAUCCCACUUUCACUGAGAGUGGGCAUCUUGCAGUGGGUUGAUUCUACUCAACCCCUAAAGGACUUUAUAAAUGAAUCGUAUAGAGAAAAUGAAACAAAAUGUUAUGGUGAGGCAAGGGCUCUUUAUGGAAAGAAUGAAAAUUAUAAUGUUGCCAAGAAAGCCAAAAAGCGGGAUGUUAUAAAGGCAUAUGAAGAAGUUGUAAACAAGAUUCCAUGGGAUGUCUUACGCCGGGGACUUGUGAGGAUGUCAAGCAGCAAUGAAGGCUUUUUCAGUCUAAGAAGUGCUUUUGCCGUGAGUUACGCAACAUUAUGUAUCUCACAGUGGCUUUUGGGCAUUGGUGAUCGUCACUGUAGCAAUUCCCUUGUAAGUCUGAAGACUGGUCGUGUUGUUGGGAUUGACUUUGGCCACCAUUUUGAAAGUGCUGUGCAGUUUCUGCCAGUUCCAGAGUUGAUGCCGAUUCGCCUGAGUCCUCAAAUUGUAAAUGUAUUCCAGCCAAUAGGCCAAGUCGGGAUGUUGAAAGAAAUCAUGGUUGCUGCACUGGGAGCACUUCAAGAAUCGCGCCAUGUACUGACAGCAGUUUUAGAGGCCUUUGUCAAAGAGCCAACAAAAGAUUGGCUAGAUUUUGUUCAGAAACAGGAGGGUGACACCAAGGACAGCAAAGUAGAACUGUUUUCUAACAAACGAAUCGAAUUGCUAAAUGAUAAGCUGAGUGACAUUAACCCAGCCUACAUAACCUUAUGGGCAGUUUCCCAAAAUAAAUAUGUAGCAAAACAGAAGGCCUAUGAGAACCUCAAACAAGCUGUCUUAGGCGACAGAGGAGAAUCCGUCCGAGCCAGUGUUGGCGAGCGAGGACUCAGCACUCACCAGCAGGUAGAUGUCCUUCUUGAACAAGCGACAGACCCUAAUAUCCUGGGAAGAUCUUGGAUAGGCUGGGACCCAUUCCUGGCCACUGAAGCUUGCCCCUUUAUCAACUAUCCCCACAGAUUUAAAUUCUGGUUCCCCAACCCAGGUUCUCCUUUGACCACGACUCUGAAUACUGCUACUACUACCUUCUCUUUAAUGCCAACUAUCACCUCAGUCCAGUCCAAAUCAUCCACCCAGUCUCUUCUAGCAGUUACUCCAAAAGCAAGUAGGCAAAGUUUCCUUCCGCACCCGGCCCAGUCAGUCACGCCUCGUCACAGUUACAUCUUAAUCCCAAACUGA